AUGUUUUAACCCAACUAAAGCCAAAUCAAAUAUCACAAUCAAUUUGGCACAAAUUCUGCUGUCUACUUCUCCUAAUAAUAAACAUCGAGAGAUAAAGUAUUUGAUAUAGUCUAAUAUAGUUAAUACAAUCUAGAGAUGUUUCAGAAAAUAAACAAUUUUUGUAAUAUCCUGUUUCUUAAAUUGUUUAUGGUCCUUCAAAGAAAAUUGUUCCAUCUUAACAAACAAAUAAUGCUUUUCGUAAAAUAUCUAAAGAACUUAACAUUAAAAUUGAAAACCAAGGUAAUCAACAUUAACCUUUACGUUAACCAUCUCCUAAUGUAAAGAAAUAGAGAGAAUAAUUGGAAAAAGAUUGGAAUAAAUUAAUCGAUAAAACUAAAAUACUCUAAGAAAAUCUUGUUUUACUAAAAAAUAGCAUUAGUAUGAAUUUAACCAAAAAACUACCAGAUUAGCGUUUAUCAAAAGAAUCUACUUCAACUGCAGCUGGUCUUUCUUCCAGAAUGAAAUUGUAGAAAGUUAAUAUUAAUUGUAAACUCAAUUCUCCAUUCAAAGUUUAACCAAAAUAAGAACUUAGUAAGAGUCUUAGUUAAAAUACAUUUACUAAUUUAAAUUAAGUAGCUAAUCCUAUUUAAAAUACUGUAAUUAAUAACACAAGCAUUGUGACAUUUACAAAUAAUUCAAGUAUUCGAAAAUCUUAAGAUUCCUGUACUUUAUAACCUAAAAUUACAUCUCAAUUUCCAUCUUAGAAAUAAACUUAAAGUUUAUAUUCAUCAAUAGAAUAUAGAUUAAAACUUAAAAUUGGUUCAUUUUUAGGAAGAGGUAAAUUUAGUGAUGUUCAUAUGGCAAUUGAUUAAAGAUCUGGAUUAAUAUUUGCACUUAAAAUAAUAAAAAAAUAAACAGUUAUUGAACAUGAAAUGUAAGAAUAAUUGGCUAGAGAAAUUAACAUAUAAUCUAAAUUAUCACAUCCAAAUAUUGUUAAGAUGUAUGGAUAAACAUAUGAUUAAUCAAAUAUAUAUAUGAUGUUAGAAUUUUGUAAUAAUGGAGAAUUAUUUUAACAUUAAUACAAAUAAUCUAAUAAAAGAUUUAAUGAGAAAGAUUCUGGCAUUUUUAUUAUGUAAAUAUUAUCAGCAAUUCAAUAUAUGCAUAAAUAAGGAUAUAUGCAUAGAGAUUUAAAAACUGAAAAUAUCCUAUUGUCUCUUGUAUUCCUUUUUUAUAUUUUAAGAAUUAUGUAAAGCUUUGUGAUUUAGGAUGUGUUAGAGAGAUUCCAUCAAAAGAAGAUAGAAGAAAUACUUUUUGUGGAACUGUUGAUUAUAUUGCUCCUGAAGUAAUUAAAGAUUAAGGAUAUGAUGAGAGAUGUGAUGCAUGGUAAGUGGCUAUAUUAGCAUAUGAACUAGUUGCUGGUAAUACUCCUUUCUCAGAAUAUCCAAGAGAUGAUGAAUCAAUUAUGGAAAAUAUAUUAAAAGUAAAUUAAAUCAUAUUUUUAAUAGAAUAAAUUUGAUUUACCAUCAACAUUCUCUCCUGCACUUAAAGAUUUUGUUAAAAGAGGAUUGUAAUAAAGACCUGAAAAUAGAAUUACUAUUGAUUAAAUGCUAUAACAUAAAUGGAUUCUGGAUAAUAAUAAUAAAGGAAAUGAUAGAGAAUUUAUAUUUUGA